AUGUCAGAAGCACCAGCUACUAUAGCUACUUCACCAGCAACACCUACUCCUUCUGAGCCUUUGUUUCAACUCAAUUUUCCUUACGGUGCACAACCCGAUAUCAUUCGUGCAAAUCAAAAGGAUGUUUAUUAUCAAGCUAUUUUACAAGAGCAAGUAACACGCGUUGCUCAACAGUUUCUCGGUGCAAGACGUCAACACCUUUGGCAAAAAGAAAUCAACACUUUUAGCGAUUUUUGUUAUCAUGGUCUCACAACACUUGUUGGAACGCAAACAUUAGGUGAAGAAUAUUGUGAUCUUGUUCAAAUCCAUCAAGGCAGUCAAACUUAUCCAGGUGUUUUGCGUCGAUUUAUGGAAGUGUUUUUCAAAACCCUUUUACCCUAUAUCUAUACCCGUAGCCUAUCCGAAUUUAAGAAACGAUCGCACCAUAAUUUAACCGAGUCGAGAUGGCACCAUCUGAAUAAUGUGCAAGCAUUUUUCACAAAGCAUGUGCGACCUAUCCAUCUUGCUGUAUUUUAUUUCUUUGGUGCUUAUUAUCAUUUCUCUAAACGAUUUACAGGCAUUCGUUAUAUUUUCACGCGACAACUCGGUCAACACGAACAACGUGCGGGAUAUGAAGUCUUGGGUGCAUUGAUUGUGAUUCAAUUAGUCAUCCAAACAGGUAUAUAUAUCCGUAAACAAGUCACCAUUGCACCACCUAAACAAGACGAAGAAGAAAAAGAACAAGAAGAGAAACAGGAGAUUGUGGAUGAAGAUGAUUUUGACUUUAUGGACUCUAUCAUAGAUGAAAAAAGAGAAGAAUUAAGCUAUGAAGAAGCUCAAUUACUCAAAUGUGCUUUGUGUUUAGAACAGCGUACAACCACAACCACAACACCUUGUGGACAUUUGUUUUGUUGGAAUUGCAUUAUUGAAUGGUGUCAAAACAAACCAGAAUGCCCCUUGUGUCGUAGCCAUGUAAAUAUCUCUCAUUUGAUUCCUUUGAACAACUUUUAA